CGUGAUAUUAAAUGGCGAAGCGCCCGGAUGACGCAGACGAAUUUUAAAUUUAGUUUUUGACUUUUUGUUACACUUCAAUAUACAUUUAUUUUGCAUGUCAGAAUUGCCACACAAAUCAAACGAUAAUUUGUACUGUUCGAACUUGAAGUAAUUUACAGUGAAUGUAUAAAGAUAACAACGGUGUAGUUGGAUUUUGGACUUACGUUGACAGGAAAAACAUACUUUUUCCAUUGCUUGAUUUAACUAUUUCUUGAUAAUGAAAACUAUGUAAAGACAACCGGUUCCUGAAGACCUUGUGAACGGCAACCACUUACUGUAACAAUGAGUGCCAAAAAGAAGAAGAAGGAUGAUAAGCCGCCGCCGGCGACGGGGCCGGGAAGUAAGAUCAUUUCCCUUAAUGAAGCCCUGAAAAAGCAUAUCAAACGUAUAGAAGGAAAUAAAGUGCAUCUGAAAUUUGGUACGUGCAACAUAAAGUCAUUGCCGCUAGAAGUGUGGACAAACGAAGAGUUGGCUGAACUUACAAUAAAACUUAACUGUGAAAACAAUAGAAUAAAGCGGCUACCAAAAUCAGUUGCAGUGUUAGAGAAUUUGGAAUAUAUAAAUUGUAGAAAUAAUGCGCUUGGGACGUUUCCAGGUUCUGUGUCUAGGUUGAAAAAACUGAUAUAUCUAGACAUGACAAACAACAAUAUCAAGAAGCUCCCACCUGCAAUACACAAAGCGACGGGCCUAGCCACUUUGUAUGCCUCCAACAACAAGAUCCGGGCUUUGCCAAAGAAUAUUGGGAAAGCCCCCUCUCUCAUGUACGUCGACCUGUCCCGAAAUCAGAUUAAAGCAUUUAAGAAAGGUGUGUAUGAGUUGUCCGCGACAGUUAUUUUGUCACACAACAAGAUCACAGACAUGCCCGCAGCUACGGUAAAAAAGCCAAAUAUCCAAAGAAUGGAUCUUUCCUAUAAUGGUAUCAGUCAUAUACCGGAGUCAAUCGAGAAGCUACAACGGUUGACGUGGCUUGAUCUUUCCCACAAUUCACUAGACGACUUACCACCACAAAUAGGCAAAGUUCGUUUCCUUCAUUAUUUCAACUUGUCUCAUAACAACAUCAAAACGCUACCGGAAGAGCUAUGGCAUCUUGGACCAGCACUCAACACGCUUCUUCUCGGACAUAACGAGAUGGGGGUAUUGCCCGAUGAAAUCCAAAGUCUGAAAAAGUUAAAAGAGCUUGAUAUUUCCGGAAACCAGUUGCAGUACUUACCAGAGGGAUUGAAGGAAUGCUGUUGUCUGCAACUGUUGAAUUCAUCGGAGAACAAACUGAACUCUAUGAAGUUUGCAGUGUUUCUCAAAUCAUUGGAAGUGCUUAAUGUCGCAAAAAAUGAAAUAGAUGUUAUUCCAGUAGAAAUAGCAACCAUGAAAAAUCUGGUCACACUUGAUGUGUCCGAUAAUAAAAUCAAAGUGCUCCCUGAUUGUAUAGGUAACAUACAGACAUUAAAAAAAUUGCUUGUAGCUAAAAAUAAACUGACUGUUCUACCGGAUACUAUUGGUGUUGGACAAGUUCUUACGCAUUUGGAUAUAUCAGACAACAAACUAACGUCACUUCCAACAGAUUUAAGGAAAUUGAGAAAUCUUGAAGAAUUCCUUAUGGCCAACAACGACAUAGCUGGCAUGCCAAAGUCUAUUGACUUCUUGUAUCAAAUUCGUCUGCUCGACAUCUCAGGAAACGGCUUUACCGAACUCAAUGUUCCGAAAACGCUGACAGAUUUAAGACUUUCAAACAACCCGCUCACAGUCAACUACACGGACCUUCGCUCCGCCCUCGUUGUCAUUGGAGAUAAAGAUCAUCUGCGCAAUCUUACGUCACUCGAACUGUGCAAUCUAGGCCUCGACGAGAUUCCACCCAGCGUUCACAACCUCCGCAUGCUCAAACAUUUAAACAUCUCAAACAACAGCAUUAAAACGCUCGGAGACAACAUCUGCAAACUGAGAGGAUUAGAAUCGCUCGUCGCCGACCAGAAUUUCUUGACAACGCUCCCAACCAAUAUAAGCGUUUUACAGAAGCUUAGCACGCUGUCCCUUUGUGACAACAACGUGGAAGCAAUGUCCCCAGGCCUCCUGAAUUGCAUGGCUCUUGAGACACUUAAACUGUCGCAUAACAAACUUAAACUGCUUCCGGAAAAUUUUGGACGUUUGAACAAACUGAUUACAAUGGAUUUGUCCAACAAUGAGAUACUGACCUUUCCAGCAGACAGGAUUGAUGUGUUAGCAUCUUUAAUGACAUUGGACUUGAAUCAGAAUCACAUUGAUCAAAUGCCUAUAGAUUUCCCCUAUUUGUACAGAUUACGAGAACUGCGCGCAGCCGGAAAUGACUUAGCAGGACUUCCGGGGGAACUAGAUAAAUUGAAGUCCUUGGAGGUUCUAGAUCUAUCGGACAAUAUAAUUGAAGUAUUACCUGAGAGUAUAUGCAAAAUUCCAAACUUAAGAGAACUAGAUGUUUCAAAUAACAAAAUUACUCGCGGUUUUCCAAAGGCAUGGGAAAAUUUGCGCGCUAAAGCAUCUGUAAGCAUGGCGGAGCAGUCAUCCGUGAAGAACCGAGAAGAACGCGAUCGGCCAAAGCCUGUGGUGGCUGAAACGCAAGUAAGUCCAAAAGCAGGUAGGAAGGGCAAAGGAGGGAAGAAGGGAAAGGUCAAAUCUGCGCCUCCAAACCCAAUCACAAGCACGGCAUAAACAUUUUUCAUUGCUACCGAAUUAAAAAAGAAAGAUUGUUAUUUGCAUUUAUUGUUGAAUUAUUGUAAGAAUUGUGAUAGUGUAUUUCUCCCAAAAUAUAGUAAACAUUUAUAUACUAGAAAUAACACUUAUUGUUAUUUGUUUCUAUAUUAUGAUUAAGUUUUUAUUAUUCUGCUGUAUAGGUCAGUGUAUCAUAUUUUGCAUUUAUCCGUCCAUACCUUGGUUUAAACUUGAAACCAAAGUUCCGUCCAUAAUUUAUUUAAUAAUGAAAAAAAAAUCUAGCAAUGAACAUUUGAAACAUUUGAUACAAAUUGAAAACAGAAAGAUUGAAAAUGAUUAGGCUACAUUUGACAGCAUAUACAUAUUAGAAAUAUCGAAAAAAGAUGUGUUUUGUUUGCAAUCCUUUAUUCAAUGUGAUUAUUUAUCUACCUUGUUGUCUGUGUUUGGAUAUUGGAAUGUUUUAAGACAAAUUUUUGUUAGUCUUUAAACGCAGAAAGGUAUUUAUAAAAAUCUAAUUGCUGCAACGUAUGACUAUAGUGUUUUAAAGAUGUAUUAUUCAUACUUUACACUAAUAUCUCUUCAUUUAGGUACUUUUUUAUUAUUUAUGUUAUUAUAUUAUUGGAAAAUGAGUUGUUAGGGUUAUAUUUGUUGAAUAAACAUUGAUUAGAUUAUUAUA